AUUUUAUUUACCAAUACGUUAAUUAGUCAGUUGAAGUAUUAACACGUGCAUUUAUUUAACAGUAACGUUGUACAAUUAUAAGCGACGCUUGCAAGUGACUGGGAAUUAUACCAUGGCUGAGCAGAUGACAGAAGAGCAGAUAUCUGAGUUCAAGGAGGCGUUCAGCUUAUUCGACAAGAAUGGGGACGGGACGAUCUCGUCGAAGGAGCUGGGUAUCGUGAUGCGCUCGCUGGGACAGAACCCUACAGAGGCAGAGUUGCAGGACAUGGUCAACGAGGUGGACGCUGACGGAAACGGUACCAUAGACUUCCCCGAGUUCCUGACGAUGAUGUCGCGGAAGUUGAACGACAUCGAGAGCGAGGAAGAGCUGCGAGAGGCGUUCAAGACAUUCGACCGCGACGGCAACGGAAUGAUCAGCGCCGCGGAGCUGCGUCACGUGAUGACCAACCUCGGGGAGAAGCUGACCGACGAGGAGGUGGACGAGAUGAUCCGGGAGGCGGACUUGGACGGGGACGGACAGGUUAACUACGAAGAGUUCGUGAAAAUGAUGACCAGUAAAUAACCAAGCCGGCAGGUUUUGCCUACUUGUCAUAAGGACAAAUGUUAUCGAGAGUAUUUCACGUAUAUAAGGUUCCAGGAUCAUCGUUGAGGGUGUGAUAAAUAGUGAAAUAAAAUAUUGUAUAUAAGUCUGUUCUUCUUGGACACAGCAUCAAGUGUUUUGACAGAAUGAAAGAAUUGUAUAACCAAUCACUUAUUAUUUUUGUUUGUAAUUACACAUGUACCUUUGCAAUGGAAAGUAAUCUUUCUGCAAAUUGUCGAUGCAGCGUUCCUGUGUCAUUUACGUUUUCUAUGUUUGUGUGUUAUGUCUUUAAAUGAUUAUUACACAUCGGCUGUCAUCUUGUUUGGAAAAAUCCAAUAGUGGAUCCAGACCAAAACUACAAGUGGCACAUUCGCGGCAUUUUGCAACCCAAAAGUGGGCAUUAAUAAAAAAAUAAUGAUAAACAA